AACGAAAUGUUGCCCGCAUUGACUGUUGAUUAUUUUUUUAAUGGACUCGACGCGGCGUGGAAAACUCGAAUUGGAAGUCAACAAAUAUUUGAUCACGUCCAGGCUGACCGUCGAUCCGAAUUUCAGACUGUAGCCCGUUUCUUUGGCCCAUUCGUAGAUCAUGCUGCAGUUUUCCAACGACAUGAUCGAGUUCAUCAUUAUCAUAUUUAGCUGUUCGGCCAAGUCGUCCAGCAUGUAUCUAUCGGCCACGACGAUUAGUUCCAAGACGAUUUUGACGUCUUUCGGCAGCAUGCACUCGCAACACACUUCGAGUAAAUCCAACAGCAGCUUGAAACACUCGGCACUGACGUCGUUCAGACGUAUGGUCUUCUGAUAGGCUUCCAUAAAGCCACCACAUCGAAACAUCGCUUCAAACAUUGGAGACUUGAGCGACAAAAACGAUUUGUUUGCAUUCACCAGAGUGCCAUCGUCUAAAGCCAGGACCACGGUCGUUUCCUUUUUGACAAUUGUCUUGCAGCAAUUUUGAUCUUCGCAGCGGCUUAUGAACGAACUUGUGUACACAAUGUUGGAAGUUUUGAAUAAGGCUAUUAAGGCUCCGACACUGUGAUUGAAUAAUUCGUGUUGAGUGUCUUUGAUUAUACUGCAUAAGUUGUCGAACACGUUGUAGCGAAACAACAUUGACAACAGCUGUGGAGGUUUACUGAAAAAUAAAAAUAAAUUAUAUACAAAUAAAUAGGUAUUAUAUUAAGGUGAAAUAAAAUUCAAACAAGUACAAAUUGGUUAUUAUAGUCAAUACCUUUGUAUAACAAGAGGAGUAGUAACUGAUACUAAUGACUUGACAUAUUGUCUAUCUCUUUCGUUCAUAAUACUGGUCAUGACGUCUUCCGCAAACAUAGAUUCAUAAGUGACCGAGGCACUUUUGAUGAUGUUAAGACCUAUGGAGUGUCGAUUUUUGCAGUUCUUGCACAGGUUGAGGUCAUGUUCAGGUUGACACAGCUUUUGGUGUGUGGCAACGAUAAAUCCUUCGGUGAGAAUGGUUUUGAAGUUGAUUACGUCACUAGCGAAUUAAAAUACACACGGUAAUUAUGACGUCUUUAGAAAUUGUCUACUAGAACACUACUCACAGAACAAUCAUUUGUAAUAUCGUUUGUGGCUUUUCAUGGUCAAAACUGUCUUCGAUGUAAAGAAUAUAGUCCAAUAUCGUUUGCCAUACGUCUUUGCUACCCAUCAUGUUGACGCCAAAUUUCUGAUACGAUAACAAUUUUAAUAAAAAAAUUAUUAUAUUGUCACCGGUUUGUUUGUCGGGAGUUUCAAUUUCUUUAUCAUCCUCCUGCAAAAUUUUUAAGUGUAUACAAAUUUCAUGAUAAUAAUUUUGAAAAAAUCAUCACUAGGUAAUAUUUUUAUCAAUCAUUUACCUUUACUUCGUAAUCACUGAUAUCAGAUCUAGAGUCUGCAUUGAUAGACUCGCCAUCGAAAGAUCCACAAACUGGUGAAUAACAAGGAGAGUACGAAUCGGUCGCGAUAUUUUCAUUGAUCGGAGGUGUCAGACUUCUAGCUGGCGGACUGUACGGACUCAUGCCCGACGAACCGGCCGGCGAAUAGCUCACAAAGGACAAAGUGCUCUGCGACUGAGUUUUUGUUUCGGGCGGGCAUAAGUUUGGCAUUUUGUUUGCUUCAAUGUACGACGACAAGUUUUUAAUUAACAUUGAAAUUAAUCCUUUUUUAACCAUUUCCUACAAAAAAACAAGAGAUUGUUACUAUGGAAAACUUUAAUAAUAAUCAUUUUGCACAGAAAUCAUAUAGGUAUAAUGGUGUUUCUGUUUUACAAUAAAACUUUGGAAACGGGCUAUAAGUUAUCCACGACGAAUGCUCUGCAAAAAGAAGGCUACAUAAUUUUGGAACACAUAUCACACGGAAGUUAUGGUGAAGUGCGCCACGCUAAAUACGUAUCCGAAAACAACGAGCACGAUUUGGUGGUGAAAAUUAUCGAUACACAUCAGACAAGCAAAGACUAUGUCACGAAAUUCUUACCGCGCGAGCUAGACAUACUGCGUAAAAUCAAUCAUCCGUACAUAAUAUACACACACAGUAUACUGCAAAGAAAAGCUGUACUGUUCGUUUUCAUGGCAUACGCAGGAAAAGGUGAACUGUUGCAAUACAUAAUUAGAGAAGGACCGUUGAAAGAAGGCCAAACUAGAGUUUGGUUUCGUCAAUUGGCAUUGGCCAUCCAAUACUUGCACACAAUGGACAUAGUGCAUCGGGAUAUCAAAUGUGAAAACAUAUUGAUCACAAAUCAUUUCACAGUGAAAUUAACCGAUUUUGGGUUUUCGAAAAUCGUUAACAGAGCUAAAAAAAUUAAUUGCAGCACGUAUUGUUGUUCUGUAGCGUACGCUCCACCCGAAGUAUUAGGCGCACGACCGUACGAUGGUAAAGCGUCAGAUAUUUGGUCGCUGGGAGUCGUGUUGUACGUAAUGCUUAACAAGAGAAUGCCUUUUAACGAUACAAACGUCAAAUUAAUGUACAAACAACAAGUAAUAACAACAUUUCUUUAUAAAAUAUAUAUAUAUAUAUAUAUCCACAUAAAUAUAUUUGUAAUUGAACUGUUACCUAAACUUUUUUCCAAACGUAUUUACAAGGUUAAAAGGGAAUGGUUAUACCGAACAAGCAUAGAAAAUUUACUCAGCGAUGAAGUCAAGACUUGUAUUAACAACAUGAUGCAACCAGAAACGAGAAAACGUUGGACAAUCGACACAAUAUUAAAUUGCGAGUGGAUAAAAAUGAACCCCAAACUGCUUACGUUGAACGAACAAGAGUCAUUAGCUCUCGUGGAUGCAAUAAAAUUAAACAAAACAAAGAAUCAACAUCAUCUGAAAAAAAUCGAAUCGAAUAAUACAGAGACGCAAAAAAUAAUGAUUACACGUCCUCCACAAUACGAAAGUCAAAUUCAAUCGUUAGGAUCGGUUAACAAAGAACAGACUCUAAGGAUGAAGACGUCCAAGGUCUACAAUACUAAACAACCACAACGUCUGGUGCGCACUAAGAAAACGUCUUUUGUUAACCAUGCCGUUACUUCUUCGGAAAACGUUUAGGUAUUACAAUUAAUUAAAAUUUAAAAAAUUUAACACUUAAGUUGAUACGUACUUCUAACGAUCGUUUGUCAUAUCGAAAAUGCGUCAGAGCAGUCAUUGCUAAUUCCUUGUAUAUUGGAUUUGUACCAGAUAUCAAGUCCAAAAUAACGGACAAGCCGUUUGUCCAUUGAGUCAUACAACCGCGAUUCGACGGACACUCACACAAAAGGCACAAUGAUACUGUCAAAUCUGUAAAGAAAAACAUCUUUUCGUCAUAACUUUAAAAAAUUAUAGCGCAACAAAAUUAGCUGCACAGAUUUUUAUUAUUUAACAAAAAAACACCAUCGGGAAACAACAUUGUACUACGAGUACUUACAAUGGUUGUUUUCUUUUUCUAAAUAAUCAACAAUGCGUUCCAUAGUUCCAGCCAGAGCUAGCUGCAUUCUAGUUUGACGGACUUUACUCAAUAAAUAAAUAAUUUUACUGGCAAUCGGAUUAUUCGGCAGUAAAUUCAUCAAAGUAGUCAUAGUGUUUUUCACAUCUUUUCCCAAAAUCUAGAUUUAAAAAAAAUGGAAAUAUUUCAUUUUUAUGCAUGUUCGUAUUAUAAAAAUGUUUUUUUUUUUUUUGUUAGUCGUUUUCCAUACUUGUAAUACAACAAAUUGGUUGUUUGUUAGAUGCUUGGGAUUGCCAGCGUUAGCUAAGAACGAUAAUUGAGCCCUUAAGACGGCUGAAACUAUAUCACUGCAGUCUGAAAACAGCAACUCUGAGAUAAUUGCAAUGGCUUGAUUUUUUAACAUCUCAGUGCAACCAGUUUUAGAUGAAUUUUCCCAUAUUUUCCUAAAAGAAUACCAAAUUGGGUCUAUCAUAAUAUUACUUAAUUUUGCGGUCAUAAUCUAAACGCACUUACCUUAGAGCUCGAAUUGCAGAAAAUCUUGUUCCAUUGCAAUUAGUGUAGGCCAGUAUACUAAUGACGGUAUUUGGAAUAUUAUGUUUGUACAUAUUCGGUAUAUGAACUUGAGAGAUUGCAAGAUUGGCAACCAUUCGACAUGUGCGAUUGUGAAUGUUAUCAACGUUAAUAUUUUUCAUAAUGAAAGCAAGAUCUUUGAUGAUUCCGCAUUCGAAUAACUGUAAUU